AUAUAGUGAAUGCGGGGUCCGGGGAGAGCGGAUAUAGUGAAUGCGGGGUCCAGGGAGAGCGAAUAUAGUGAAUGCGGGGUCCGGGGAGAGCGGAUAUAGUGAAUGCGGGGUCCGGGGAGAGCGGAUAUAGUGAAAUGCGGGGUCUGGGGAGAGCGGAUAUAGUGAAUGCGGGGUCCGGGGAGAGCAGAUAUAGUGAACGCAGGGUCCUGGUUGACUAACAAAUUAAAGCCAAGCUCCAGCUUUAUAAGCAGUUGUAUGCAG